UCAGGAUACACUUUAGAUGCAGAGAUAGAGAGUAAAAGAGAGUGAGAAAGGUUUUAUUCCUUUGCCUGAUUAGAGACAUGGAGAAGUGGAGUUUUAUGCUAGUUAUUGCAUUAGUUGUUGUUCACGCUAGUGCAAGAAAUGUGCCCACAACUACAACUGUGCCCACUAGCACUACUCGCAGUAGUGUACCAAGUGGUGCUACUGGUGUUGGCGACCAAAAGAACUUCCUCACUUACGGUGGCGUUGGGGGCUACUCUGGAAUUGGCUCUAAUGGCUUGCCAUUUGGUGGAGUGGGGGGUCUGGGUGGGAUUACUCCCCUCGGUGGUGCAGGUGGACUUGGAGGUGGAGUCGGGGGCAUUGGUGGAGUAGGUGGACUUGGAGGAGGUAAUGGACUCGGUGGGCUCGGGGGAUUUGGUGGCUUGGGUGGCGGCGCUGGUGCUGGUGGUGGAGUUGGAGGUGGAGUCGGAGGUGCUGUUGGCGGUGGAGCUGGUGGUGGUGUUGGCACUGGUGUCCUUCCUUUCCCUUGAAGUAUGUUAACCUUAAAAUAGUUUAAACUAUUUUAAUAAAGGUGUAGUUAAGUGUUUAUUGUGUGGGAAUCAGAAACUCAGAGAUCGUCUUACUUUAUGUUUUAAUUUGGUACAUGUUUUUCGUUCGUUUUAAUUCGAGCUCAACGUUAUGUUUUUGUAAUAGAUAUUUUACGUAAAUGAAUUUAAUCUUCUGUUCUAUUCGCUAUA